CGCGCAGUGCGUGCGACCGCGGCCAAGAUGUCGGGCCCGGGGCUGGUGGCUGGGGACGUGGUGGUGGAUGCGCUGCCCUACUUCGACCAGGGCUACGAGGCCCCGGGCGUGCGGGAGGCGGCCGCGGCGCUGGUGGAGGAGGAGACGCGGCGGUACCGGCCGACCAAGAACUACCUCAGCUACCUGCCCGCACACGACUACAGCGCCUUCGAGACUGAGAUCAUGCGGAACGAGUUUGAGCGCCUGGCGGCCCGGCAGCCCUUGGAGCUACUCAGUAUGAAGAGGUACGAGCUGCCCGCCCCCUCUUCUGGGCAGAAGAACGACAUCACAGCGUGGCAGGAGUGUGUGAACAAUUCCAUGGCACAGCUGGAGCACCAGGCCGUGCGCAUCGAGAACCUGGAGCUCAUGUCCCAGCAUGGCUGCAACGCCUGGAAGGUGUACAAUGAGCACCUGGUUCAUAUGAUAGAACAAGCCCAGAAAGAGCUUCAGAAAUUGAGGAAAAACAUUCAAGACCUUAACUGGCAGAGGAAGAACAUGCAGCUCACAGCUGGGGCUAAGCUGCGAGAGAUGGAAUCCACGUGGGUCUCUCUUGUCAGUAAAAAUUAUGAGAUUGAACGAACUAUAGUGCAGCUGGAAAAUGAAAUUUCACAAAUCAAGCAGCAGCAUGGGGAAGCAAACAAGGAGAAUAUCCAGCAAGACUUUCAGUGACUUAAUCCUGACUUGUCUUAAUGCAGCAUGUGUUAAAAACUACAAACCAGACACUUAGGAGAUGCUGUGUCUGUAGACACCUCUAGUUGCAGUUGCGUGAGGUGGUAAAAGGGUAUUUCCAUCAUUUCUUUUCCUUGUUUUAAAUUCAAGGAGGAGGUAGGGUGGACUCAAAACAUCCUGUUUAAAUGUAUUACAGGCACCAUUAAAUGUACUGUGAAUUGUUUCACUUUUUAUAUACUUAAAGCAGGAGCUUGUGUUGUUGUGUUUCCCCCUACGCCUUUAAUAAAUCCUGUUUUGCUA